UUGCAGAGACAGAGACUCGCAACUAUAUAUAGCCGGGCCUUCAAUUGCUGAACCUGAAAAUCCAAAACUGUCUGUUUCUUUGAUCAGAGAGAGAGGAGAAGAGAAACGAUUCAACGACGAAGAUAUUGUUCAGAGGCAGUGUUUUGUAGAAAGAGGAGUCCUUGUGGACCUACGAGCUAUGGCUGGUGCGUGGAAGAGACGCGCAUCCUUGAUCGUUUUCGCAAUCGUCCUGUUCGGGAGCUUGUUCGCAUUUUCUAUAGCUAAAGAAGAAGCUACCAAGUUAGGAACAGUUAUUGGUAUAGAUCUUGGAACAACUUACUCAUGUGUUGGUGUCUACAAGAACGGACAUGUUGAAAUCAUAGCAAACGACCAAGGUAACCGUAUCACCCCUUCAUGGGUAGCCUUCACUGAUGGUGAGAGGCUGAUUGGUGAAGCAGCUAAAAAUCAGGCUGCUGUUAAUCCUGAGAGGACCAUAUUUGACGUCAAAAGACUUAUCGGGAGAAAGUUUGAUGACAAAGAAGUACAAAGGGACAAGAAACUUGUUCCAUAUGAGAUUGUUAACAAGGAUGGGAAACCAUAUAUCCAAGUUAAGAUCAAAGAUGGGGAGACUAAGGUCUUCAGUCCUGAGGAGAUCAGUGCUAUGAUUCUGACCAAGAUGAAAGAAACAGCAGAAGCUUACCUUGGAAAGAAAAUCAAGGAUGCAGUUGUCACAGUUCCAGCAUACUUCAAUGAUGCCCAGAGGCAGGCCACUAAGGAUGCCGGUGUUAUUGCUGGUUUGAACGUGGCAAGAAUCAUUAACGAACCAACUGCAGCUGCCAUUGCCUAUGGAUUAGAUAAGAAAGGUGGUGAAAAGAACAUCCUGGUCUUUGACCUUGGUGGUGGUACAUUUGAUGUUAGUAUCCUCACUAUUGACAACGGUGUUUUUGAGGUUCUUGCCACAAAUGGAGACACUCAUCUAGGAGGAGAGGAUUUUGACCAGAGAAUUAUGGAGUACUUCAUUAAAUUGAUAAAGAAGAAGCAUGGAAAGGACAUCAGCAAGGAUAACAGGGCUUUGGGAAAGCUCAGGAGAGAAGCCGAGCGUGCCAAGAGAGCACUGAGCAGUCAGCAUCAAGUCAGGGUUGAGAUUGAAUCUCUCUUCGAUGGUGUAGAUUUCUCUGAACCACUUACUCGGGCUCGUUUUGAGGAGCUGAACAACGAUUUAUUCAGGAAGACAAUGGGUCCUGUUAAGAAGGCUAUGGAGGAUGCUGGACUAGAAAAGAACCAGAUUGACGAAAUUGUUUUGGUUGGUGGAAGUACCAGGAUUCCUAAAGUUCAACAGCUUUUGAAAGAUUAUUUUGAUGGCAAAGAGCCCAACAAGGGUGUCAACCCCGACGAAGCAGUUGCUUAUGGUGCAGCUGUACAAGGAGGAAUCUUGAGUGGAGAGGGAGGUGAUGAAACCAAAGAUAUUCUUCUACUGGAUGUUGCUCCACUGACUCUUGGUAUUGAAACCGUUGGAGGAGUGAUGACAAAGUUGAUCCCAAGAAACACCGUUAUUCCUACUAAGAAAUCUCAAGUCUUCACCACUUACCAGGAUCAGCAGACAACAGUCACAAUUUCGUCAGAGAAGAUCACCAUUACCAAUGACAAGGGUCGCUUGAGUCAAGAAGAAAUUGAACGUAUGGUCAAGGAGGCCGAGGAGUUUGCUGAGGAGGACAAGAAGGUGAAAGAAAGAAUUGACGCCCGAAACAGCCUGGAGACUUACGUAUACAACAUGAGGAACCAAAUCAAUGACAAGGACAAACUUGCAGACAAGUUAGAGUCUGAUGAGAAGGAGAAGAUUGAAACCGCCACAAAAGAAGCACUUGAAUGGUUGGACGACAACCAGAGUGCUGAGAAGGAAGAUUAUGACGAAAAACUGAAAGAAGUGGAGGCUGUGUGCAACCCAAUUAUCACGGCUGUGUAUCAGAGAUCUGGUGGAGCCCCAGGAGGUGCCAGCGAGGAAUCCAACGAGGAUGAUGAUUCACAUGACGAGCUGUAAUAGAUUUGUAGGUUAUAGUUUUCUGUUGCCAAAUAGACAUACAAUUUUGAUGAUUUCUUUGUGUAAUUUCACCAAAUAGAGGGUGGAACGUAGAACAACUCGGAAGAAACCGUGGGACGUAAUGUCGCUCUGGUAUCCUGCCUCUUGUUCAUUUUUUUCGUACCUGUAUAGAGACGUAAAUCAAUUCAGAAUUCAAAUUUCUUGUAUUCA